AUGGCACGGGGAGGAGGCGGUUUUGGAGGCAGCCGGGGCGGUGGCUUUGGCGGUGGUCGGGGAGGUGGUGGUCGAGGCGGCGGCUUCGGCGGUGGCUUUGGCGGUGGACGCGGUGGCGGUGGUCGAGGAGGAGGUGGUGGCGGUGGCCGUUCCAUGGAGCCGGACCCACCAGAGCAAAUUGUACCCAUCGGAACAUUGCUCACCGCUUCGGAGGGCGACCUCGUCUACAAAGUGACAGCGAGUGACUCUGUACCACGUUUCAACGCAUUUGUUUAUGGUGCCAACAAGGCCAAGAUUGGUAAGAUCGAGGAAAUAUUGGGCAACACGAGCGAUGUAAUGUUUUCAGUCAAAACGGUACCGGGCAUACAAGCAGAAUCCAUUAGCGCAGGAGAUACGAUAUAUAUAUCCCCUACACAGAUAAGUCCUCUGCGUAUGUUCACUGAUCCACCGAAGCCACGCGGCCGCGGCGGGCGGGGUGGCGGUCGUGGCGGAAGGGGCGGUGAUCGCGGUGGACGCGGAAGCUUCGGUCGCGGUGGUCGCGGGAGUUUUGGAGGAGGAGGUGGUGGUGGUGGUGGCGGCCGGGGUGGUUUCGGCAGAGGAGGAGACGGAGGCGGCUACAGAAACUUUGGUGGCGGUGGUGGCGGUCGCGGCGGCCGCGGGGGAUUUGGUGGCCGCGGGCGUGGUUUUUGA